AUGCCAUUGCCAUCAGCGGACAAUGGCGAGACGAGCAGCAGCCGUAGCAGGCAAAGGGCGCGCGCCGAAGUCAGCAAGCACAGGAGCAUGUGGGAUCACCUGAGCUUUCAAAAGAUUGGCGCCUGGCUGAAGAAGGAGGAGCAAGAACCGCCGCCAUCGUCGACCAAAGCCGCGAAGCCUGCCGAAGAUAAGAACAAGGAGCCCACACGACCGCAUUCGAGUGCUGGCUUGCUGGGACGCAGAGGCAGCAAGAAGGUCAUUCCAGGGCUGCCUAGACCCUUGACGUUUAAGCGGAUGCAAAGUGAAAAGAGGGAUAAACUGCUCGAGGUCCCUGUCCCGGGCGAACACAGGAGAGCUGCCUCGGUCGAUCGCCAAAGCUCAGCGCCCUCAAAACGAGACAUUUCGCCGCCUCCCCUAUCCGCCCCUUCCAUGUCAGCGCCCAACGUGUUGAGUUUGUGUGAAAGCCAUGUAAAGGAAGAGCCGCACCCCGUCAUGGAAGAGCGUACCAUAGGUGGAGGUCCGGAUUCGAAUCUCCCACCCGGUGCACGUCAGGUCGACUAUGGCGUCGAGGAGCCCGAAGACUACAUGUCUGCAGGCGCCUCUGUUGGAGAAAUGAUGCUGCCUCCUCCCCCUCCCCCUCCGCAACCGUCGCAAUCCCCACCUCCACCUCCCGCAUCACUACCGCCACCACCACCUGUUGAAGUAGUGGAUACCUUUUCUGAGCAUAGCUCACAUCACUCAGGGUCCGUCAUCGAUGAUAUUCGGUUGCAGGAAGAGCUGGAAGCCAAAUGGAUAUUGAACCUCAGCAUGCACUUCCGGGACAUGUCAGACCGCGAAAAGUUCUUUGUGACGUAUGCCGAGGAGCCAAACAGAUGGAGAAGGGUCACGGUGUCCUGCGACUACCGAAACAUGGAACCAGACUCACUUGAGGCAGAUCUCAAGUCUCUACACUACCAGCGUGACAAGAGCUCGCGUAUUUAUGAGGCCAUCCGCGAUUCUCUGCCAGCUAUCCAGUUCUACGACACCGUGACAAACCUGAAACUUGAAACGACAGAUGGCCGCCUUCAUGUUCACGUCACAGAGGACGUAAACGAAAUCAUCCCGUAUCCAGCUGUUUCGGCGAUUGUGCAUCUGGAUUGCAAGCGAUUUCGUGAAGACGCAAUUGCUUUUGACUCCCACAUUUCUGGCUUUGUGUACAAAGUCUCGGUUAACAACCGGACACUGAUCAAGAAGGAAAUCCCUGGACCAGAUGCGGUCGAAGAAUUCCUCUACGAGAUCAACGCGCUUGUCAGCGUACAAAACUCCAAGUCUGUCAUUAGGUUCGAAGGCGUUAUUGUCGAUCAGCGAAACGAGCUCAUCAAGGGACUCCUGAUUAGCUAUGCUGAACAAGGUGCACUGGUCGAUAUGAUCUACGACUUCAAGACAACAAGUCAUCUUUACUGGGAGCGCCGGGAGCGAUGGGCACGGCAAAUCAUCCAGGGUCUUUCAGAGAUUCAUGAAGCUGGCUUCGUGCAAGGAGAUUUCACCCUGUCGAACAUUGUCAUUGACAAUGAUGACAACGCCAAAAUCAUCGAUAUCAACCGCCGCGGCUGCCCGGUCGGAUGGGAGCCACCGGAACUUGCCAAGCUCAUAGAGAGUGGACAGCGUAUAUCGAUAUACAUUGGUGUCAAGUCCGAUCUGUUUCAGCUUGGUAUGGUGCUUUGGGCAUUGGCAGAACAGCAAGAUGAACCUGAGCGUCAGCAGCGACCGUUGGCCCGCACAUUGGAUCGCCGCGAUACUGACAUCCCACCCUACUUCCGUGACAUCAUUCGAGCAUGCCUGAGCGAGUCACCCCAGUCCAGACCGUCAGCCGCAAACCUACUUAAGCGAUUCCCUGAAAAUACUCUAGAAGACGACUUCAAGCCAAGAGCUACUGUGAGAGACAGCAUCUCCACACAUAGGAGCGACAAGGAAUACAUCGAUCCUAGGACAGCUGUAGACCUGGAGGAUAUCUCCAACCACCGUCGCCAGUCGAGGCAACAGUCAUUCUUCGAAGAGAUUCAUGUCCCACGCACAGAGUACCCCGAGUCUUCCGGCUCCUAUAUCAUACCCAACGAACGCUCUCAGCGUGGUCGUUCCCCACAUCCUCUCAGUAUCAGCGAUAGAAAUAGGCAAAGUGACUGCUCACGCUCACCCUAUCCUGGUCAUCGAUCCGUCAUGUCGCUGGAUGACUCAGAGCUCGAAAACGAGCUUGCCAGCCUACCAGCUAGCAGGGAAACAAGAUGGGAGCAAGUCUACGUGGAUGGCGAUACUAAGCUUGUACAAAGAGCUUGUGGCGACCUUGACGUGCAUGAGUUUGCAACACAGGAGCCGAAAGACAUUCGUUUUGCGAGUCCACCAGGCGAGAUGGAGGAUUCAUUCAUAGGCAGUAAGACUUCCGAAGAAACCCCACUAGGUUUAUCGAUAGGAAAUGGACUCCAGCCUAUUGAGUCACAGUCGAUGAGAAACAGCCUGCACGGAUCGUCUGAAAAAGGACAAUCUCACAGUAGUGGAAAUGAGGCAUCCUUCAGUGAGCACUAUUACUAUGACAGCCAACAGCCGCAGAAGCCGGACUCUAGCACUCUAGCUGGCCUCGAGUACGAUGUUGCGAUGGACUCCUCGGCACCCAGCACGGAACCUCCAUCACGGACCAGCACCGGAUUCUCGAUAUUCGAUCGACCGGAACCCCUGUCAAGACGAGUACGAACAGGACUUUCGGUGAUGCAAGGACACCGCAUGCCUUUGCAUCAAGAUUCGGGCUUUGGGGAACCAGAGCGAGUGUCGUAUGAAAGCGAACGGAUACGGCAUAGUCUUGAUGGGAGUAUCAAAGACUUGCACUUUUCAUCGGACGAGGAAGCACGAAUCGAUGAGAGGCUCUGGGAUGAGAAGGAUGGCACCCUGUUUGGUGAAAAUGUCCGUGGUACUGAAUCGGCGAUCAACCCUCAGCCGAUACCCAUCUUCACCGCCCCGGCAUCGCCCCAUAAAGAAGAAAAGCAAGUCGUAACGUCUGUGCCCCGGCAGUCAAUACCAAGCGUUGGACCGAAGAAUAUAGUUCGCGUCGCUCAUGUUGAAAACAAGGCUUUGGGGGAGAAGACAUCGGAUACUACAAUUCGUCCGCCCAGCAUUACCGCACCAGAUUCUCAUCAAAGUUUUUCCAAGCCAGUCGACUCCAUGGAGGUCGUAUCCAGCGAUGUCACAUGUACAAACAAGGGUGCAAAGGCGAAAACAGAGACGAAGACGAAGAAGAUGACAUCCAACACUAGCUCAGCAAAAGACACAACACAAUCCCGCACAAGAGCUGGAAAAUUACACCACGAUCCCCUUGUCAACGAUUAUCUCUCCGCAACCGAGGACUCCGACAACGAUGACAAUGAUGGUGAUAGGAAAGCGUCAAAUGAUUUGUCAGAUUACCUUUCUCACUCCAUUUCCUUUGACCAGUCUAUUGAUUUUUACAUGCGCGAACACGAGAAGACACGGGUCGGUUCGCGAGGACCAAAAGUUUGA